UACGCCAUCCCCGAGGAGCUGGGCAGAGGCUCGCUGGUGGGGCCGCUGGCGCGGGACCUGGGGCUGAGCCCGGCCGACCUGCCGGCACGCCAGCUGCGGCUCAGCGCCGAGAAGCAGUACUUCGGCGUGAGCGGGGAGAGCGGGAACCUCUACGUGAGCGAGAGGCUGGACCGGGAGGAGAUGUGCGGCGAGGCGGCGUCCUGCUCCGUCAGCUUCGAGGCGCUGGUGCAGAACCCGCUCAACGUUUUCCACGUCGAGGUGGCCAUCCAGGACAUCAACGACAACGCCCCAGCCUUCAGCAAGGCUGUUUUGGACAUAGAGAUCAGUGAAUGGACACUUCCCGGGGCGCGUUUUCCGCUGGAGAUGGCCCGAGAUACGGACGUGGGCAGCAACGCGCUCCUGACUUACCAGCUCACCAGCAACCCGUCCUUCACCCUGGCCGUGAAAGAGAGCCCGGAUGGAAGCAAGCAGCCGGAAUUAGUGCUGGAGAGAGCGCUGGACCGGGAGAAGCAGAGUUCCUUUCAGCUGGUGCUGACGGCGGUGGAUGGCGGGGACCCCGUGAGGUCCGGGACUGUCCAGGUUCAUGUCAACGUGACGGAUGCCAACGACAACGCUCCCGUGUUCAGUAAAAGCAACUACGAGGCACGAGUGCGGGAGAACCUUCCAGCGGGGUCGCUGGUGCUGCGGGUGCGGGCCACGGAUGCAGACGCGGGCUCCAACGGGCGGGUCUCCUACUCCUUCGGCAAUGUGCCGGACGGCGUCCGCGCAUUGUUCAGUGUUGACAGCGACAGCGGCGAGGUCAGGACGGCGGGACCCCUCGAUUUCGAGGAGAAGAGCAAAUACAGCUUCGCCCUGGAGGCGAGGGACGGGGGCGGUCUGGUGGCGCACUGCAAAGUGCAGAUAGACAUCACGGACGAGAACGACAACGCGCCCGAAAUCACGAUGUUGUCGGUGUCGAGCCCGGUGCCCGAGGACGCGCCGGCCGGCACGGUGGUGGCCCUGUUGAAAGUGCGGGACCGGGACUCCGGGGAGAACGGUCAGGUGUCGUGCGAGCUGUCGGGCGAGGCGCCGCUGUCGAUCGUGGCGUCGUCGGGCGGCUCGUACAAGGUGGUGACGGCGAGCGCGCUGGACAACGACAAUGCGCCACUGGUGCUGUACCCCUCGCAGGACAGCAGCCCCGCGUCCAGCGAGCUGGUGCCCAAGUCAUCUGAAGCGGGGUACCUCGUCACCAAAGUGGUGGCUGUUGAUGCCGACUCGGGGCAGAACUCGUGGCUCUCGUACCACCUGCUGAGGGCCACUGACCCUGGGCUGUUUGCAGUGGGUGCCCAAAGUGGGGAGGUGCGGCUGAGGAGGCCGGUGACAGAGAGGGAUGCUGUGAAGCAGAAGCUCGUCGUCCUGGUGCGAGACAACGGGCAGCCACCGCUGUCAGCCACCGCUGCACUGAGCGCGCUCCUGCUCAAUGACUUCUCAGACGUGCACCUACCACACAGCAGCCUGGCCACGGAGGAUGAGGGUGGCUCCCUGACAACCUAUUUAAUCAUUUCAUUGGUCUUUGUCUCAGUCCUCUUCCUCGCAUCCAUGGCAGCCUUCAUCGCGCGCCAGGUGUGCAAGGGCAAGGAGCUGAAGGGGGGGCACGUGCUUUACGGCACUGGCAACUUGCAGAGUGGCCUGGCUGACGCGGCCGCUGCGGGGACCCUGCCCCACGCCUAUUGCUACGAGAUCAGCCUCACGACGGGCUCGGGCAACAGUGAGUUCAAGUUCCUGAAGCCCAUCCUCCCCAGCCUGCCACCGCAGCACAGCGGCAUGGGCAGGGGCACGGGCGAUGAACAAGAAUUCUCCCGUGGCCCUGUCACCAUGGAGGAUGUGGCACCAGACAACCCAGGGACGCUUUCUGCGGAACAGUUCGAUAGUCUUUCCUUCAACUAG